UUUUCAAGGAAUAUAAAAUUUUCUUUUUUUUCUUUUUUACAUAUCAUGUGUACCGCCUAUAGAGCCUUCCGUGCUACACCUGGCUAAUUAUAGAUUUAUAUUUGGUGCAGGCACUGUUCAGGGCGGACUUCGUGUUUCUUUCAAGUCAGGCAUCUUGCUGGGCUGGUGUGGGUCCUUCGAAGGACCACAGACCCAUCCGGCAUCUGUUUUUGAAGUGCUCGUAAAUGUCUGUCUGCCUAGGUUGGUGAUAAAAGACAUCUGAAGACCAUCUUCAGUCAGCAGCAGGAUUGGAACUCCAGGAUGGAACACAUUAAAGAGGAAGAGGAGUAUGUGGAUCCACAACCGCCUGACAUUAAAGAGGAAGAGGAGGAGCCAUGGCUCCUCAACCUUAAAGAGGAAGAAAAGGAGCCACAGCCCCUCCACAUAAAAGAGGAAGAGGAGGAUCACAUUAUCAGUCAGGAGGGAGAGCAUCUUGAAGGACUGGAGGAGUUCCCAGUGAUUGUUGUCUCUGUGAAGAGUGAAGAUGAUGAAGGUGAAAGUGAGGAGAAGAGAGAGGUGGAGCCUCCAAGCAGCAGCUCAACUCAACACAUGACAACAGAAGCUGAUGGAGACCACUGUGGAGGAUCACAAGCACACAACCUCUUAGCUCCACUAUCAGAUAGUGACGACACAACGUCACACUCUCCUGACACUGAUGAUGAAGACUCUGAAGCUGAUUUGACAUGUCACACUGACAACACACGCUGGAAAUGCUCUCAGUGUGACAAAACUCUUGUUAACAAGGGAAAUCUGAAAAGACACAUGAGACAUCACACAGGAGAGAAACAUUUCACCUGCUCAGUUUGUGGUGAAAGAUUUUCUCUGCAGUCAAAUUUGAGACAACACACAAGAAUACACACCGGAGAGAGACCUUUUCCUUGCACAGUGUGUGGGAAGAGAUUCUCUCGGCGAUCGAAUUUGAACGUACACACAAGAAUACACACUGGAGAGAAAGCUUUUCCUUGCGCAGUGUGUGGUAAGACAUUCUCUCGCCUGUCAAAUUUGAAUGUACACACAAAAACACACACUGGAGAGAAACCUUUUCCCUGCACGGUGUGCGGUAAAAGAUUCUCUCAGCGAUCACAUUUGAAAGAACACAUAAGACGACACACUACAGAAAAACCUUUUCCUUGCGCUGUUUGUGGGAAAAGAUUCUCUCAAACAAGUGAUUUAAAAAUACACACAAGAAUUCACACUGGAGAGAAACCUUUUCCCUGCACGGUGUGUAGUAAAAAAUUCUCUCAUCAGUCACAUUUGAAAAAACACACAAGAAGACACAGUGCAGAGAAACCUUUUUCUUGCACGGUGAGUGGGAAAAGAUUCUCUCAGGCAAGUGAUUUAAAAAUACACACAAGAAGACACACUGGAGAGAAACCUUUUCCUUGCACGGUGUGUGGGAAAAGAUUCUCUCAAACAAGUGAUUUAAAAAUACACACAAGAAUACACACUGAAGAGAAACCUUUUCCUUGCACAUUGUGUGGUAAAAAAUUCUCUCGGCAGUCAAAUUUGAACGUACACACAAAAAUACACACUGGAGAGAAACCUUUUCCUUGCACGGUGUGUGGUAAAAGAUUCUCUCAGCAGUCACAUUUGAAAGAACACACAAGAAUACACACGGGAGACAAACCUUUUCUUUGCACGAUGUGUGGCAAAAGAUUCUGUCAAACGAGCGAUUUAAAAAUGCACACAAGACGACACACAGGAGAGAAACCUUUUCUUUGCACUGUGUGUAAUAAAAGUUUCUUUCAGAAAGCUGAUUUAAAAACACACGCAAGAAUACACACUGGAGAGAAACCCUUUCCUUGCACAGUGUGUGGUAAAAGAUUCUCUCAGCGGUCACAUUUGAAAGAACACACAAGAAUACACACUGGAGAGAAACCUUUUCUUUGCACGGUGUGUGGUAAAAGAUUCUGUCAAACGAGCGAUUUAAAAAUGCACACAAGACGACACACUGGAGAGAAACCUUUUACUUGCACGGUGUGCCUUAAAGGUUUUUCUCAAAAAGCUGUUUUGAAAGUACACACAAGAAUACACACUGGGGAGAAACAUUUUCUUUGCACGAUGUGUGGUAAAAGAUUCAAUGAAAAAAGUGAUUUAAAAACACACAUAAGAGUACACACUGGAGAGAAACCUUUUCUUUGCACGGUGUGUGGUAAAAGUUUUUCUCAGAAGAUAUAUUUGAUCGGACACACAAGAACACACACUAGAGAAAACGUUUUCUGUUCAACGUGUGGUCUGAGAUUCACAAAUACUACAAACUUGACUGAACACAUAAGAAUCCACACUGGGGAGUAACUUAUUUUUUAAGGAUGCAUCCAGCUGGAUUUCAGAGAACACAGUAAGAGAAGUAUGAAAAAGCAAGACAGUAUUUCUCUUGAAAAACGACUUGUUGCAGCAAUGUUGCUUACUGACAUGAUGAAAUGUUUGCAAUGUUUGUUUCGUUUUUCAUUGUCGUGCAGUACUGAGAAAGAAGACAAG